AAACCUUGGCUCUGUCUGGCUCUCCUGCUCUGUUACCUCUGUCACUGUUGGCUGCUUCAGGUAACUGCGGGCCUGCCGGCUAACCGAUAGCCUACAUCGCUGGAUGUAUGAGAUCGCCCGAGCAGCAUUCACCAAACAAUUGAAUAACUGAAUAUGGGCAUAUGAAUGUAUGAAAAUGCUCAGAAGAGCAUCGUAAUUCUCAAGCACUGUCUCGAUUGCCUCUCUUUUCACUAUUGCUCUCAGUUAUGGUUCGGGUUGGUGUCUUGUGGGACUUUUUGGUGGCCAUUGGGGCAGCCGCAGACUCUCCCAAACAGGAAACACGGCUCGAAACUGCAGGAACCCUUUCACCCCACUAUCCCCCUACACACCUUCAGAUGGACAGCCACCUUCAAGCUCCCAUCGGCUCCUCUCCCGCAGGUCUUCUGGGUCUUCACCGCUCACGACUUUACCACUGCUUCUCACCCCCUCCUUCUCUCUCCCGUGUUCAGAAAUCUCUCCGUUUUCGAUCUGAUAGCUUUGGGCCUCACGAGCUCGUUCAAGAACAACUCGACGAUCACGACAAGUCUCUCGGCCAUGUCUUCCAGCCCGAGCAACAACGGCGAGAGACUGAUGUUCUAUGACGCCCCCGGUCUGGUCGGUGGAUAUGAGACGGACGAAGAGAGUAGCGGAGAAGUCACGCUCAUUGAUUCUCCUACAUACAACUACGACGACAUCACCGCCACCGCCACCUCCUCGAUGCUCCAGGGCAGUAACAUUUCGGUCGAUAGAUAUGAGGCCGACGGAUACGAGGCGGAUGACGAGAGUAACCGGGGAGUCCGGCCCGUUAAUUCUCCUAGAUACAACUACGACGGAGCCCUUCCCACCAUCACCUCUAGGCCUCGCUCCAGGUACCAGGCUUCGGUUGAGGACAUUUCUGAGGAGUUGGCUGCUAGGCUGGGUCGACUCGAGGUUGUGGAGAGUGACUGGGGAGUUAUGGCCGUUCAAUCUUCUAGAAACAACUACGCCGAAGCUCGAGCCACCACCACCUCUAGGCCUCGCUCCAGGUGCCAAGCUUCAGUUGAGGAUAUUUCUGAGGAGAUGGCCGCCAGGCUGGAUCAGCUCGAGGUUGGAGACUUUGUCGAAGGUUACUGCCGCUCCUUCAGUCCUGAUAGCAACACCCGCACCAAUGAAGGAGAUUUCAUUCCCGCUCCGUCCAACUUUGGCACCGCUUCACUGCUGGGAUUUCCGCUCGACAUUCCCUCCAAUCACCCAGCCAUCCUCCAACUGCACGCUUGGCACGCGCACGGCGUCUCCCUUGGACUGACCAAUGACCUUCCAUGCCGUAGAGGCCACGCACCCAGCGGUGAGAAACGCUAUCGCCCGGAGAACGCCCUCAUUCUGUCCGAGCUGCGCGUACAGCUUAUGGUGGCCAUCAGGAGCGGAUCGCUCGAGGCCCUCCUGACCCUUCAGAGUGCCUUGGAUGCCACUACGGAUAGCGGCCUGUUGGUGGGCCAUGGUGGAAAGAAGAGGAAGCGUGGAGCUCAUCAGUGUUCGAGGAAUUGUCGAUUACAUGCGUACAUGGUGAGGCCGACGCCAGCCCCGCCGCGUAGACGCCGCCACUAGGAAGAUGGGGUUUCAGAUUCUUCUGGUUAGAGAUGAGCAUGCUAGGAGGAUGGGAUUUCAGAUUCUUCUGGGUGGAUAUGAGCAUGUUAGAGAUCACGG